CUUACCUGAAUAGAAUACCGGGUAAUCGCGUGGAGUAGGCUGGAUCAUUUGAAAAAGUUUUAGGGUAUUUAUGCAAUUUACAAAAUAUUAGGGACUCAUUGUAAUUUGUAAUAACCACAGUUAAAGGUGCCAAAUAUAUAAACCAACCUCAUGGGGUCUAAAUGAAAUUAACCCUAAAUUCUAGAAUCAAAGCCCCAAUUCAUCACUGCGAAUCACACGCCCAAUUCCGCUUCACCGUGACCGUCACCUUUUCCGCUGACGCCGACGCAACCAACCAAAAAUUCUCCGUUACAGCUUACUUUCAACAGUGUUCGUCAGAUUUUCUGAUUUCCAGAGCUAAGAGAGAGAGAGAGGGAGCAGCUCAGCUCCGAUCAAAAACACAAAAGAAAUGGCUGAGAAAUUAGCUCCUGAGAAAAGCCACAGCUACAUUCACAACGGACAAAAGGUGUUCGACUGGGAUCAAACGCUAGAAGAGGUGAAUAUGUACAUAGAGCUUCCAGCUAACGUUCCAAAGAAGUUAUUCCACUGCAAAAUUGAUUCCAAGCAUGUUGAAGUUGGGAUCAAAGGGAAUCCACCCUACCUUAAUCACGACCUUGCUUUCCCGGUGAAGACGGAUUGUUCCUUUUGGACUCUUGAAGACAAUAUGAUGCACAUAACCUUGCAGAAGAGGGACAAAGGUCAGACAUGGUCUUCGCCUAUAAUGGGCCAAGCCCAGUUGGAUCCGUAUGCUGCUGAUCUUGAACAGAGGCGUCUCAUGCUUCAACGAUUCCAAGAAGAGAACCCAGGGUUCGACUUUUCGCAAGCUCAGUUCAGUGGGAAUUGCCCCGAUCCAAGGACCUUCAUGGGCGGGAUCCGUUCUGGUUGAUGCUCAUCCAUCUCAAAUUAUGUAUAUAUAGCAUUCUCUUAUCUGGAUGCAAUCUUUUCCCUCUCACACCCAUUGUUCUCGACUCUUCUCAGACCCGUACACGUUCAAAGUUAUUAUAUAUAUUGCACUGUAGCUAUAUGCCUAUGCCAGUCUGGCUAGCAGGUACUUGUUAAGUUCCUCAUGUAUGUAUGGAUCUUGUUUUCAGGAGAUUAUAUGCUUGCAACUUCAGUGCA